GAUGCUGCUUUGCUGGGGUAUUCAGACUUGGGAAGGAGAGUGUUCAAAUACCCACCGAGUUCCAUUUCAGAAACUCUAGCUUUGAGAAAGGCUAAGAAAGCACAAAGAGGAAGGAGACCACGAGGAAGGAAGAAAGCUGCCAGUGUGGGUCAAAGAGAUAAGCUUCCUACUUCUGCAGGUACAGACUCUAGGAGGAACAGGCCUGCACACAAUGCUGAGGACAACCUGGCUAUGCAUUAUCCUUGUAGUCUUCGUCAGCCGCCCAGUGUGGCUGCAGAAGCCUCAUAAACGCAAGACACAGCUCAAAGCAGCCAGCUGCUGUGAGGAGAUGAGGGAGCUCAAAGUGCAGGUUGCCAACCUCAGCAGUCUGCUGGGUGAGCUGAGCAGGAAGCAGGAGAGCGACUGGGUCAGUGUGGUCAUGCAGGUGAUGGAGCUGGAGAGCAGCGGCAAGCAUAUGGAGUCUCGGCUCACCACAGCUGAGAGCAAGUACUCUGAGAUGAACAACCAGAUCGGCAUCAUGCAGUUACAGGCUGCACAGACCGUCACACAGACCUCGGCAGAUGCCAUCUAUGACUGUUCUUCCCUGUACCAGAAGAACUACCGCAUCUCUGGAGUGUACAAGCUUCCUCCUGAUGAGUUCCUGGGCAGCCCUGAGCUAGAGGUGUUCUGUGACAUGGAAACUUCAGGAGGAGGCUGGACUACCAUCCAGAGACGCAAGAGUGGCCUUAUCUCCUUCUACCAAGACUGGAGACAGUAUAAGCAAGGGUUUGGCAGCAUUCGAGGUGACUUCUGGCUAGGGAAUGAACACAUCCACCGGCUUACCAGGCAGCCAACCCGGCUUCGUGUGGAGCUGGAGGACUGGGAGGGCAAUACACGCUACGCAGAGUAUAGCCACUUUGCAUUGGCCAAUGAACUGAAUAGCUACCGCCUCUUCCUGGGGAACUACAGCGGAGACGUGGGGAAGGACGCCCUCCUCUACCAUAACAACACCGUCUUCAGCACCAAGGACAAGGACAACGACAACUGCUUGGAUAAGUGCGCACAGCUCCGAAAAGGUGGCUACUGGUACAACUGUUGCACAGACUCCAACCUCAAUGGGGUGUACUACCGCCUGGGGGAGCACCGGAAGCACAUGGAUGGCAUCACCUGGUAUGGCUGGCAUGGAGCCAACUAUUCCCUCAAACGUGUGGAAAUGAAGAUCCGCCCGGAACCCUUCAAGCCCUAAAGAGGAGGCUGCUGCAGCUAUGGAAGAUGGAGGCUGAGGAGGGAGAGCAGCAUGGGAGGAGGGUGGACAGAGGUAGGAGGGGAGCAUGAUAUAAGUUUACUUGUGUGAGCACACGCACACACAACAGAACCACAUAUACCCACAGUGCACACGAGCAGAUGGGGCCAGGCACACCCAGUGGGUCUGACACAGUGCCUCAGGGGAAGACUGAGUGGGUCCACAGAGCAGCAGCUCAUCUUGCACAUGUCUACCUGUGGACAACAGUAACCCUGAGGUCACUUAACCCACGUUCCCUAACUGAGGCUUAGCUGACUUGAGGGAAAAGAACAAAUAAAAAGCGUGUGAUUCUCAGUGGAGAGGCUGUGAGAAAUGAAAGCAGGUGUGGAGAAGGGGCUUCCUAGUCGUAUCCUGUGACACUUCUUGUGUCUAUGGGAUUUGUUUUGUUUUUCUUUUUGAGACAGGGUCUCUCUACACAGCUCUGGCUAUCCUGGAACUUGCUCUGUAGACCAGGCUGACCUUGAACUUACAGAGAUCCACUUGCUUAUGCUUCCCAAGGGCAGGCAUUAAAGGCGUGCACCAACACAGACCCAGCAUGUAGAAUUUUUAAGACACAAAAAAUGUGGAGAUAGAGACCAGCUGCCCAGGUUGGACUUGCUUCGAGGUGUCUCCAGGGUCUUAGGCCCAGGGGAGAGAGGAACACUGCAAAACAUGCUGUGAGUAGCUGGGCGAGAAGACCAGCGGGAGGUGAGCACUGUCACUGGGUGAUCACAAUAGUGUCUUCAAACAUUUUCAGUCAAAACCCAAAAAGAUCCCCUUUAACAAAAAUGUCUGGAAAAUGAAGGUAGAUGGCACUGUGGUUUAAAAGUUGUGCUGUAUAUAGAAGCAUCUUCCUCGUAAAAAUAAAAUACUGUAGUUCCUAUUUUGAACGUUGAAAAUAUCUUUUUCUUUUACAAUAAAUACUAUCAAAAUUUG